UCUAUUUUAUACUUUAUGUUUUUACAAAUACUAACUUUAAAUCCAAAUUUCAAUCAAACACUAAUUUUUAUCUCUUCCACACACAGAUCAGGCAGUAUUGAGGGCAUCUCACCAACUUCGGUUGGACCGAAUUUAAUAGCCGCAUUAUCGAGCAGUGAUGCCACUUCGAUUGGUACAUGGCGCAUGAUAAAAGGUAAAGUUUCACAAACAAUUGAAGAUAUAAAAUCAUCUAAAGGUAGUACAACAAAUAUUACUACAUUACAACCCCAAUCAUAUCCAACUAUUAUAAUCAAAGGGGGUGAGCAUCAACAGCAAACGGGUCUGGAAUUCGAUUCGGAUCAAGAGACUAAAACCUCUAUGAGUGAAGAUUUAUCGGUGGAACAGGAUAGACGUAGUAGUGGUGGUAGUGGUAAACAUAAAAGAUCUAGUAAAUUGGAAGAUUCCGAUUCAGAAUUUGAAAAUGAAAUAUUGUUAGAGGGUGAAUCGGAACAUUCACGUUUUCGUCGCGGCUUUGCUCAUCUCAAGUCGAAAGUAAAGGCCAAACACGCUGCACAUCAAGCACAAAAAGCUACCCUAUCCACCGCUUCGGCAGCAGCUGCAGCAACAGUUUCCACCCCUGCUAGCCAUUCGGCCGUAGCAGCAGUGAAGAAAGACAUCAGUCCCAGUAGAAGUACAGGCUCCUCCUCUUCUUCUACUUCUUUAAGGGGAAAUUUCUUAAGAAGACGCCGUAAUAAAGGUGUAGAAACUGCAGAAUUGGCCUCACCCACCAAUAUGGCUUCAGCUUUAGCCGCCACAGUGGCCGCCAGCGGUGAAAUGGCUGCUGUAGUACCCGUAGUGGUAAGUGGCAAACCGGCCAAGAAACCCAAGGGUAUUACAGUGGGUAAAAAAGAUAUAGAAAUUGAAUCUGGUGUUGAGAUGUUAGAGGACAUGAUACCACCAGCCACAGCCGUGCCAGCUGCUGACGAUACUUCACCCGAUUCCAUACCACCUAAACGUGAUGAAUUAGAUUUACCUUUGCAAAGUGAUAAUCUAAACACUCCACCCUACAAGGACUAUACUCUAAAAAGUAUUAAAAUGUUAUAUGAAUGCCAAGAUCCCACAAAUAUGACUCCCAACGAGUCACGUCUAUCAUCAGAUAGUGCUGCUUCCUUGGGUAAAACAAAUCAAGUUGACAAUAAACAUUUCUUUUGGGAUUAUUGGUAUCAAGUUGUUAAGCAUGCUAAAUAUUUACCCUGCAUUUCCAUUAUGGGUUUAAUAACCAUAUUCAUUUUGCCCUUAAAUGAUUUUAUACGCGGUGUGUUAACCUGUUUACUAAGCAUUACCAUUGUUGAUGGUCUGUGGAAUUUAAUACAAACAGUUAUUGAACGUUAUACCAUUCAUUUUAAACCAGAGAAGACUACGUUUCAUAUACCCGACUAUAGUAAAAUGACAAUAUGUGAGGUACCGGCAGUGAAGGAGUAUAAAACUGUUAAAUCGUAUGGGGGUUGGAUGAAUGAGGUUGAUAGUUACGAUCCAAAUACAUUCAGUAUUAACAUGGCUAGAUCGGUUUAUAUUAAACUGGAAGGCACAGUAUUACAUAUAUCCACUACGAAUGCUCGUAUACCCAAGCGAGUCAUGUGGAACGAAUUGCCUAUAAAUCGUAAAACUAUAAUAUUUACAACACAUCGCACUUACGAUUUACUAGGCUGUCGCAUUGAAUUGUUACCUAUUGGUUUGGCUAGAAAAAGACACUUUAAUCGCAAAUAUCCCAUACAACUAAUAAUAAAGGAUCCUAAAAUAGCACCGGGCACUGAGGAUGAUGAUAUCGAUAACAAACCUUUAAGACGUAGAUUUAGUCGACAACGUAAUAAGCGUGAAAAAUCGGAAACAAAAGAAUUAGCGGAAAAUAGCAGCGGUAAAUUAAAUGAUACUGAAACACAAACUCAAGAGUCGGGUGGAGAAAUGGAUUUUGGAGCCACCAUAUUAAAUGCAGAUUUGCAGAAAUUACAAGAUGACGUAAAUCCAGAUGAGGAUUUAAACAAUAUAACCGUACCAUGUGGUGAUGAAGUUCGUAUAUUAUUAUUUGCCAGAUGUGCCAGAGAAAAAGAAGAUUGGUAUAGACGUUUUGUAGCCGCUAGCUGUGGUGAUGUCCAUGAUCAAGAUUUACAUUUGAGUAAUGUAAAACUUAUUAAUUCUAAGGACUUGCAGGCGGCUGCUACUAAAGCGGCACAAUUAAUAACUAAUCCUAAGCCUAAAGAGAAUGUUGCUGGUUCUGGUAAAUCUUCAGUAUCUGAACAACAAAGAGAAUCAACCUCAUCGCUUAAUUUUGAAGAUUUAGUUGAUCUUUCUCCUGCUGUUCCCGAAAAAGAGGAAACGGAACGUGAUGACGAAUCUAUUGAGUUUAUGCCAGAUGAUGCUGAAACCAUUGAGGGUCUUUUAAUGUUAGCCAGCGCUGCUAGGAAUGAUGCAAAUUAUAUUAAAUUUAUGGCUUUAUAUCAGAAAGCUUGUAGACAAUCGAAGAUUCCAGUUUAUAAAGGACAAAUCUUUCAUGAUCCUCUAGACAAGAAAAGUAACAAACGCACAGCUCGUCAUGAAAAUGAACUUUGGAAGGGCAUAGAUCAGUCGUUAUUCUUGGGUCCUUCUGGCAGUGUGGUAUGGGCUAAUGUUUUAAUAGGCCGCUUACUCUACAGCACCUUACAAAAUGAACAAAUUUUAGAUAAAAUACAGGAUAUCUUGCAAAAGAAAUUGAAUUCCAUUAAGCUUCCCAGUUUCAUGGAGGAUGUGGUUAUUAAAAAUAUCGACCUAGGCACAACUCCUCCCCUAAUACAUCGUGUCUCCCAGCCCAUGCUAGAUGAACGUGGCAUUUGGUUAGAUAUGGAUGUAACAUAUGAGGGUCAUUGUCAUAUCACCGUAACGACAAAAAUGAAUUUGUUACGUCUUAAACGUCCAAUGCGUACUCCUCUAUUUGUUGAUACAAAACUAGAUGCCACCAUACCAAAUCCGCACAUAGCAGCUUCUUUGAAAGAUGAACUUUUGGCCGCCAAUAAAGCCGCACGUGGAGGUGGUGUUAAUGAAACGGAACUAUUGAUAGAAAGUGCUUUAACCGGCAGUGCUAUAUUUGAUAGUGAUGCUGAAAGUACUGGCAGUUCGAGUACGGAAUCCGAUAGUCCUAUUGCUGGUACAAUGGGUGAAAAUCCGAAUAGUGUUAGUGAAGGCGCCACAAAUCCGGGUAAUGCUAGACGUAUAUUUAAAUUUGUUGAUCGCAUUGCUACUUCCAAUUUUUUCCAAUCUGCAACGGAAUUGUCUUUUGUACAAAAAGCCAUGGAGAAUAUGAGUACUACCAUAACAUUAGGCAUAGAUUUAAGAGGUUUAGUUUCACGUGUCACAAUAAAUAUACCUCCACCGCCCUCGGAUAGAAUAUGGCUGGCUUUUCGUGCUCCACCACGCCUUUGGCUAACGGCACGUCCUACAGUGGGUGACAAAUCUGUUGAUUGGAGCAUUGUUACCAAUGUUAUUGAGGGUAAACUAUGCGAGGCUGUUAAUAAAUAUUUAGUAUAUCCCAAUAUGGUUGAUUUAACUGUACCAUUCUUGGGUAAAUCUGCAGCUUCCGAAUCAUAAGAAUUAAACGAUUUUGAUUUAUAUUUAUUUGUGUUAUUAGUCUAUAUGUUUGCCGUCUCUUUAAGGACAAAAUUUACUAUAACAUUUUUUUAUUAUUACAAUUAUAAUUAUUAUUACUAUAUAACUAUAUACAAUUUAUGUAAAAUUUCUUUAUAAAUAUUAUUAAAGAAAAAAAAAUAACAGAAAGAAAUUGUUAACAUAUUUUUCUAACUAAUACUCUCUAAAAACCAAAUUGGAAACAAAAAAAUAAACAAAAAUAGUUAAACUAUUUUAACACUUUUAUUCCUUAAAUAUUCCCCCUUUUUAAGUAUUAAACUAAUUAACUAACAAAUACAUAUACAUACAUAUUUAUAUAUUUAAAUUGCAGACAACAGAAAAG